AUGGCAACAGCUAACGACAAAGUAACAACAUUAAAAGUUAUCGAUGCUUUACAUAUGAUUCCCUACUAUUCAGGAGGGCAUACCGAAAUAUAUCAAUUUAUAAGCGCAUGCGAAACAAUAAUUGAAUCAGUUGAUGCCGACCGAGUUCCGUUACUAUUAAAAAUGAUGGCAGCAACUAAGUUGACAGAUAGAGCUUUUAACGUGACUAGGUAUAUUGAAAUUAAGCAAUUACUGUUAGACGCAUUCGAACCGCCUUAUAGUCCUUAUGAUUCCGUGAAGUUACGAAUUGAGCUAUACAAAAUAACAAUUAAAGAUAACGAGUCGGUUUAUGCAUACAAUAAUCGGGUGGAAGAAAUAUUUCAAAAGUUAUGCGACGCAAUAACCACAGGUAAACCGUCAUCGGAAGCAGCAAUAUUGCGCGUAAAUAUUGAGGAACAGUCCUUAAUUAGUUACAUUAACAGGUUCACCGACGAAAUGAGAUUUGAAGUCAAAACGAAAAAUCCAACUUCUCUUCACCGGGCAAUGCAGGUGGCUUUAUUAGCCGACAAAAACAUACGCACUUAUAAUAACGCACGGGAAAUAUUCAGAUCGAGUAAUAAUGAAUAUAACAGGACCGACGACGGUAGAAAUAAGAAUAGUCCAAACACUGACCGUGGCCAAAAUAAUAAUCAGAAUACGUCGUACAACUAUCGCAAUGAUAAUACUAGAAGAAAUAAUUUUCGUGGCAGGAAUACUAAUAGAAAUCAGAAUUCUAGAAACAACGAUUUUAAUGCUCGGCGAUGUUAUACGUGCAAUCGCGAAGGUAAUUUUUCAUCGCGACGGAAGGAUGGACAGUAA